GUUUGUGAUUCGGCUACUCCGACUGGUUUCCCAACCUCCUAUAUAAGUAAACUCCCAGUUCGCUACAGUAUAUAUGCUCUGUGGUUCGCCAUUCCCAUCGCUAGGGAUCGCUUCGCUAAACUGAAACAGGUGUCGCAGUGUCGCUAUCACACCGCGUUGCCGUCCUUUCCUGUCUGUGUAAAAAUAAAAAUGUGUGUCACUUCUGUAAUCUGUACCUUCUGUCUUCUGUAUGUAAAAUAACAUAGAGGGUGUUGUCCGGUAGGAUGGUUUUAAAAAACGGUAAUUCAAAAAGAACGUGAUUAAUGUGAUGCGGGGGUGAUAAGAUCUCUUGAUAAGCUUUCAUAUAAUUAACAAAACCACCCUUAAUCAUGGCGUAUUUCUAUAAAAAGUUUGUGGAUACUUUUUGGAGCGAGUACAUUUGGUUGCCCCCUAAUGUAACUUGGGCUGAUAUAGCCCCCGAUGCCAGUAAAGAAGUGCAGCAUGCAGACCACCGGCACCUUUUUUAUCCCUUGCCCAUGUCCCUGUUUCUACUGCUCCUCAGAUACGUAUUAGAAAAAUACUGGUUCGCCCCCGUAGGUAUAUCGCUAGGGAUAAAGAACUCGAGACCUAAAAAGGCCCCAGAAAAUGCAACCCUAGAACAAGCAUAUGCACAAUCAAAGAAAUGGAAACACAAGCAGAUUCAAGGACUUGCAAAGCAAGUGGAUAUGUCAGAGAGGCAAGUGGAAAGGUGGUUGAGAUUACGUAAAAGCCAAAACAAGCCUUCAACACUAACAAAGUUCUGUGAAAACUCCUGGAGGUGUUUAUAUUAUACCUUCAGUUUUGCUUAUGGUCUGACUAUUUUAUGGCACAAGCCAUGGCUGUGGGAUAUCAUGGAGUGCUGGAAUGGUUUUCCUCACCAAUCGGUGACCAAUGACAUCUGGUGGUACUACAUGAUCUCCAUGGCUUUUUACUGGUCCCUGUGCAUAAGCCAAUUCUUUGAUGUCAAGAGGAAAGACUUCUGGCAGAUGUUUAUCCACCACAUAGCCACCAUUGUGCUGAUGUGCCUUUCCUGGGUGGUGAACGUCUUCAGGAUUGGUACCUUGGUACUUGUGGUGCACGAUUGUGCUGAUAUACUUUUAGAGGCUGCCAAAAUGGCAAAAUAUUCAGGAUACCAAAGGAUAUGUGAUGUUAUUUUCGCUAUUUUUACAAUUGUAUGGAUUACUACUAGGAUAGGGAUAUUUCCAUUUUGGAUUAUAAAAAAUACAUCUUACGAUGCACCGAAAGUGGUACCUAUGUUCCCGGCGUACUACAUUUUCAACUCUCUAUUGGUGCUGUUGUUGGUACUGCAUAUCUUCUGGACGUACCUCAUUCUGAAAAUAGCGUACAAUUCGUUGAAUGCUGGUCAAAUGGAAGGAGAUAUCAGAUCCAGUAGCGACGAUUACAGCGAAGACUCAAACUCCAAGUCCCAGUAAUUUUUUAUAUGUUACUAUAGAGAGAAAUAUUACCAGCGCACGCAAGAUCAUUUAUCAUUAUGUUAUCAAGGAAAAUUGUCAAGUCAGUAGUGCGCGUGGUACCAGUUCAGCAAUGUGAAGAUGCGCUGAUCGCUGGAAAUCGCGGAAAAUUUCGACUUUCUGUACAUGACACGACCAAAACCAAAUAACGGAUCAGACAUGACGCACCGCAUGCCCCGUUGCCGAGCUUCUUUACCUGAUAACUUAGUUACUUUUUAAACUUUUUAGUUAGAUUCACGGAUAUGCCCUUACUUACAUGUUCACAACUGAUUUGACUACGUUCCUGCGAAAAUAUGUUAACCAUUGGCAAGAAGGGUUAUUGGAUUACCUACUUUACGCGUCACAAUAAUUAACUCACCCAAAUUUAUUGAUCUGACUCGGAAAUGGAACAAUUCGAAUACAGCUGUCCAAUUUUGAAGAUGUUUUUCUGAGAAUAUCCAAUCAUGCUAGAAAACAAUCUUGUAUAACCCAGAUAUUUUAAACGUGUUAUUUUUGACUCAACGUUAGGGAACAGCGGAAGUACUUUUACACUAGUCGAAUGAAUCAACUAUCCCCAUUUUUGUUUCAGAAUAAAUAUUUUUGUCUAACAUGUAAAAUAUAGUUUGUAUAUUUUUAUGUCUCAGUAUGCAAGGUGAAUGCAAAUUGUGUUCAAUAAUUUAAUUAACCAAAAGUUAGAGCACCCAGUGAAAUUAUAUUAACAUUCUUUUGUGUUUAUGUAUAUACCUACUCAGCAAUCAACAAUAUUUAAAGCUUGAUGCUUUAAACGUAUUGCAAAAAAUAUAUUGUGAUCGAUUUUCAAAAUAUGCUGACUACCAAAAAUUGUGAAAUUUAAUAAUAAAUGAAAUAUUCAAAUAAGGUUUCAAGAGCAUAAUCUAUGAUAGCUUAAGUAUUGAUACAAAAAUUCAUCAACAACCAACGUAUAUCUUCCUCUUAAAUAUUUCAUAUACAGUGAAAUCCAUAUAGCACUAACAUCGUAAUGUGAACGAGAGAGAAGCACGGGAAGCGUGCAGUACGCAUGUUAGAAAGAGAAAGAAGCACCCAGUUGCCUAGCAACCUGAGUGAUAAGAUACGUAUUGCUCGCUUAUAGCGUUUGUCUCUCGUACUUAUUACCUCCUCAGCGAUAUUUGGAUUUCUCUAUAUAUCUGAUUUUGGUAUUUGAAUCCCUAUGCUUGAUGUGACUCAAGUUUUACCAUGUUCUUUUUUAGACAUACUACAUUAUUAAAGAUUGCCCGUUUGAUUCCUUAUUUUAUAUAGUUUUAACUGUACUAUUUUUCAUAUAUUGAAAUUCCACAAAUUGGAUCUAGUAAAUCUUCAGAUUUAUUCAGUCUAGUAAAAAAACAUUGAGUGUCUAUUUCAGUGUACUUUUGGUCAUGUUGAUACUAUGGUGUUGCUUAGAUAGGUGUACUUAUGUACACGUGUUUUUUAUACAUUUUAUAAAACAAAAUGUGAUCUAGUAUACAUCAUAGAGUCAAUAGAAAGAUCCAAGCAUAUGUGCUUUGGAUAGUUUCUGAGUCUGCAAAAUAUUAUUGUUCUUUAUUUAUAAUGGUUUGCUUAACAAUAAUUAUAUAUCAGGCAUGAUCAAAAAGUAGAAAGACUUCACGGUUUAGUCAAGUUUUCUCCUUAUUUGCGUUGUUAAAUACGUGGUUGCGCUUUUUAAAUAUUUACUGGAAGUCUUACUUUGACGGGUGCCCAGACUUUUUAUAUUCAUUUAUUGGUCGAGGUAAUCUACACAAUAUAUUCGAGGUAAACUGGAUGGCAAGUAGAGUGUAGCAUCUUUUUGAUCACUUCUGGUACAUAUACCACUAGAUUUAUUUAUUUUAUGCUCCAAGAAUACUCAAAAGUAUUAUCACUCUAUUCACUUUAGUAAAAAAAUUGAGACACUGAUAUGUGUAAUGGUUUGUGAAUAUUAUAUUUUGCUGAAAUAGUGUCGUUAUAAUCGAUUUUGCACAUUCCUAAUUAUUAUGGUGAAGUUUUUGUGUUACUUUGAAAUAUCUAUCGUAAAAUAAGUUCACCGCUACAUUAUAAAAAGGUUAUGGUGAAUGGUUCAAGGAAGUUUAGUUUCUCAUGGAUUUAGUUUAUCAUUUUAACAGCAUUUCUUUAUAUCGGAGUAUUCGCUUUAGCUUUUGAAAAAAAAUGUCUUCUAACAACUGACUGUAUGAUUAUUUAGAAUCUGUGAGGUUUUGCUAUAACUGAAGGAUGGAAUCACAAUCUAAUUUAUUAUUGCAAAUGUUUUUUGUCUUUAUAUCAUUUGAGAAAUUUCAUAUAUAUAUAUUUCGAAUCGUCUCUAUGAAUCGACUUUAUCUAUAUCAUGUGUUUUUGUACAAAUAUAUUUUUGGGUUAAUUAAAUAAUUAAAUCCA